CCCCCUCCCUCCCUUCCUCCCUCCCUCCCUCCUCAGCAUCCUUCUGCUUCACCGCAUUAGCUCCGGGCAAAACCGGGGACCCAGCUCCAUCCCCUUGCUCUCACCCGACCGCUUGACUGUGUGCAGGGUGUAUGAAAGUAAGACACUGCUUCUCACUGGCUGAUGUGUGGCUGCAUGUGCAGGAGGCGGUCAGAGCCGCUGUCGGUUACUUUAGCUAGCCAGCUAGCUUAGCGGCUAACGCUAGCAACGACUGCGAUGCCCAGUGUCACGGUGCAGGAUGUCAACCAGCAGGAGUUCGUCAGGACUCUGUCUGCUUUCCUCCGAAAGUCUGGCAAACUGAAGGUCCCAGAGUGGGUUGACACCGUGAAGCUGGCCAGGCACAAGGAACUGGCUCCCUGUGAUGACAACUGGUUUUACACCAGAGCAGCAUCCACAGCCCGCCACCUGUACCUGCGAGGAGGCGUAGGUGUGGGCUCCAUGAUCAAGAUCUACGGUGGGCGUCAGAGGAACGGCGUGUGCCCCGCCCACUUCAGCGUUGGCUCCAGGAAUGUGGCGAGGAAGGUCCUCCAGGCGCUGGAGGGCCUCAAGAUGGUGGAGAAGGACCCCAGUGGGUCGCUUCAGCAAACAAGAAGCAGCGAAGUUUACAAAGCGCCAUCUGAGGAAUGGAUACAAAGAAAUUCCAGACAAAGUGAAAUGCAGUUAUGCCUUACUGCUUAUUUACUCAAGUCUGCUUGUUUCCCUUAUCUACUCCGGUGAACCACAUUAACCGAGUACAAAAGGCAUUUCACAGAGAUGCAUGUGUCUAUAGUACAGCACGUACAAAUUAAAUAUUAUAUUAUACAUGCAUGUUUUAUUUUUCCCAGUUUGAAAUUCAUCACGAAUUUCAAGACACCGGUGGCCGUGUGACAGAAAAAGAGAAUGGGCUCAGAAGCACUGAACUAAAUGUAAAAAAAACAAAACAAAAUGGAUGUUGAUGAAUAUUUUUAUUGAUUCAUCCAAUUCUUUGCCUUCACUGUUGCCAUAAUCUUUUGUUUAUGAGAUGAAUGACAUAAUAAUACACAAGGUGCUGUGAAUUAACGGA